AUGAAGAGCAGGCAGCAAGGAAACAGUACAUGCAACACUCCAAAAGCUAAUGUGGGAAGGAAGAACCUAAAAAUAAGGGAAGGAGGUGUGAAUUAUGAUUCAGGGUUAAGAUUUCACUAUGUUGCUGCAGGAGAAAGAGGCAAACCACUCAUGCUGCUGCUUCAUGGGUUCCCAGAAUUCUGGUAUUCUUGGCGUCACCAGCUGAGGGAAUUUAAAAGUGAAUAUCGAGUUGUAGCACUGGAUUUGAGAGGUUAUGGAGAAACAGAUGCUCCUAUUCAUCGCAAGAACUAUAAAUUGGAUUGUCUGAUAACAGAUAUAAAGGAUAUUUUAGAUUCCUUAGGGUACAACAAAUGUGUUCUUAUUGGCCAUGACUGGGGGGGCAUGAUUGCGUGGCUAAUAGCCAUCUGUUUUCCUGAAAUGGUGAUGAAGCUUAUUGUUGUUAACUUCCCUCACCCAAACGUGUUUACAGAAUAUAUUUUACGACACCCGGCCCAGCUGUUCAAAUCUAGCUAUUACUAUUUCUUCCAAAUACCACGGUUCCCAGAAUUUAUGUUCUCAAUAAAUGAUUUUAAGGCUUUGAAACAUCUGUUUACCAGUCCCAGCACUGGCAUUGGAAGAAAAGGAUGUCGAUUAACAGCAGAAGAUCUUGAAGCUUAUAUUUAUGUCUUUUCUCAGCCUGGAGCAUUAAGUGGUCCCAUUAACCAUUUCCGAAAUAUCUUUAGCUGCCUGCCUCUCAAACAUCACAUGGUGACCACUCCAACACUACUGCUGUGGGGAGAGAAAGAUGCAUUUAUGGAGGCUGAAAUGGCUGAAGUCACAAAGAUUUAUGUUAAAAACUAUUUCAGGCUAACUGUUUUGUCAGAAGCCAGUCACUGGCUUCAGCAAGACCAACCUGACAUAGUGAACAAGCUAAUAUGGACAUUUCUAAAAGAAGAAGCAAGAAAAAAAGAUUGAUUUUUAAAAAUAUUCUAUGAGGGAUCUGUAAUGAAAUCUGUAAAUAAUUUUGUAAUUGUUCAUCAACUUAUUUAUGUUUUAUUGGGAGAAAAGCUGUUGUAAGAUGUUUUAUCAUAAAUAAAUAUCCUGACAAAUGGUGUUAAAAAUA